AUGGGAAAGAUUUGGGAUGUGUGCAUAAUACAUAGAAGUAAAAUUAACAACGAUAGUGAUAACGUUACAAAUCCCAGCCUGAUCGAAUUAGCAUUGCAGAAUCCAAUCUACAUCGACGAAGACGAAAUGAUAUCCACAUCAGGUACCAGUCCCAUAGGUCGAACAAGACCGCAUGUGCCAAUUGAAGUGGAAGAAGACUUCCUUUCAGCGGUGAGAUACGGUGACUGGGACGAAGUUGAAAAAAACAUUCACGACUUCAUCAGGGCCAUUGAAAGACGUGCAGGAAGAAGAUUCUUGCCCACUCUCGCAGAAAGGCCUAGAGAAGCUGUUCCGCAGCAAACGGAAGAAAGGCAAGCGGCGGCAAACAACCAUGGAAACAGGGCAGAGAAUGUCACAAUACCAUCAGCGUUCUAUUCCUUGGAAGAUGAACCAUUGACAGACAAUUGCUUCGAUUUUCAAGCGCAACUCUUGGAACAAACCAUCAAGGAAGAACGAGAAAGAAAACGCUACGGUUUCGCCUUAGUGUUUAUCGACAUGUUGGAAGACAUGGUUAACAAAAAAAUUGACUAUGACAGGCAAAACAAAGGAUCAUCUGCAGCCGCAGCAGUAACGAAUAAUACAGCAGUCGAAGCUAUGGCAGAGGAUGACGAUGCGUCAUCUGAAGAGUAUUCAUCAAGAGCUACGACGCCCGAGGUCGUAGUCCAAACAACGGAAGUCCCACAGCAGAGACAACACGGCGCCAUCACGGGACCAAGGCCUCUAGAAGAAUGGCGCUCGGUCGCCUCAGCUGGGGCUCAAGCCGCCCUGAAAGACAAUUAUCCUGAAUGGGUUCUCACUGUACACCUAAACCCAUACAUGUGCUCAGCAAGCUAUGUCAACAGAGAAUGCCCGGACAUCAACAUGUAA